AUGCCUCGUCGCAGCGCAGCCGCGUACCGUGCCCUCUUCACUGCCGCCCGGGCUCCGCCAGUUGCACCAGCACCAGUACCUGCACCUGUACCUGCACCAGCACCUGUACCUGAGCCCGAGGUCGUCGCCUCUACUGGCGGCGAGGAGGAGCCUAUGGACACGGGGUCUCCUACGCCUACAUCUUCAGCGCCUACUCCGGUGGCGGUACCGAUCCCGCAGGCCGCCGCUCCAGCUCCGCCUGCUCCACCUGUGCCUGCUUCACCUGCGCCUGCACCCCACGCGUCGACGGGUUCAGCACCGACGCCUCAGCACCCACAGGUUGUCCCAGAGAUGGGAUGGACCUCCAGGAACAAGUUCAUGGGAGCUGACGAUGACGCUCACUACCACACUCUGCUCACGGGUGUGCUGGCGAGCUACUACCCGGAGUUUGCUGCCACCGUCCGCUACCUCUGUUCGGAGCACAAGCACCCGUUGGAGAACACCUACUGGAAGGCCGAGGUGAUCAUCACAGCUCGGAACAACGUCGACAACUCGGAUGAGGUGAAGUCCAUCCAUGAGAGCAAGGUUAGGCGUGCUUCCGCCUAUGAGAGCAUGGAGGAUGCAGCCCAAGCUGCGUAG